AUGGACGAAUAGUAUUCUGAUUUAUGUGAAUUGGUCUUGGAUCAAAAGUUGGAAGUUAGAAAACAAGCAUUGAUGUUGGUGCUCCAGUAUGCUUAGACUGAGGAAGAUAGAAAGAAUUUCUUAUAGACAAAUCUAGUAUUUAACUUAACAAAACUUUUGGGCGAUGAAGAUGUCAUGACUUCAGUUCUGUCUGUUAUUAUUCAAUUUGCCAUCGAUGAAUACUAUUAAGAGCAAUUCCUAAAAUUACAUACACUCCAAAGAGUGAUGGAAAUCAUAAAAGAAAAGAUGCUCAAUUUUUAUAAGACCAAAUAAACAAGCGAAUAACUGGAACUCACCAUCUAAUUAGGACUAUUGGCAUUACAAAACAUCACCUAAAAUGAGGAGGCCAAAGAAGCAUUAUUAUAAUUAUAAUUUAAUGAUAUCAACAGAUGUUUUUAUUUCAAGUUGUUUUGCAACUUCUUUGUAGAUGAGAGAUCAGUUUUUAUGUUUGCAAAUUUUAAAUAAGUCUUGUUGAAUGUCACUUCAUCAAGUAAUGUAAGAUCACAAUUAAUAAAAGCAGAAAUGAAAAUGAUGGAUUUCUUUUGUAAAUUACUUGAAACAGGGGAAUUGUUCGCCAUUCAAUUAUUUAAAAAUAUGGUCUUUGAAUAUGAACAGUAAGAAGCAUUGGAUCAAAUUAUUCAAUUGCAAUUCAUUGAUAAAGUCAUAGAUUUCAUGGCCAAUGAUAUUGUGAUUAAUCAUGAGUUUUUCGAUUUGGAAGAAGGAGAAUUGGCAUUCUAAUUGGCAGUGAUGAAAUUAAAAAAACAAUUCAAUAAGACAGAAUUCCAGAGCAGAGUGUAAGAGGCAGUUAAAUGUUUACUCAUUAUGACCAACAUAGAACCAAAUUUAACAAAGAACACUUACAAUAAGGCUAGAUUGGAUCUGAUCAUUAGAUAAUUGAGGAAGCUGCAAUUUGUUGACAAAGAUUAAUUAGAUGUGAUUGAUACAGUUUAUAUUUAAGCUUAAUGA